AUGUCUAAUCAAGGACUACCACUGAUUUUUUCUCUGUUGCUUAUCUGCUUCUUUGGGGAGAGUUUCUGCAUUUGUGAUGGAACUAUCUGGACAAAGGUUGGAUGGGAGAUUCUUCCAGAAGAAGUACAUUAUUGGAAAUUUAAGGGUUCUCCAUCUCACCGUCUGCCUUAUCUUCUGGAUAAACUAUGCUGCGACUUUGCUAACAUGGAUAUAUUUCAGGGUUGUUUAUAUCUCAUUUAUAAUUUAUUGCAAGCUCUCUUUUUCAUCUUAUUUGUUUUGUCUGUGCAUUACCUGUGGAUGAAAUGGAAGAAACACCAAAAAAAGCUGAAAAACCAAGCCUCAUUAGAAAAACCUGGUAAUGAUCUAGAAAGCCCAUUCAUCUACAACAUUGACAAAACACUCUACAGAGUGGCAACCACAGCAUCAGCGAUAUACAAGAUCUGGGAUCACAGGUCUUAUCAUCCUUCCUCUAAGAAAAUUAAGCACUGCAAAUUAAAGAAGAAGAGUAAAGAAGAAGGAGCCAGAAGACACUAAAUAUAUGCAUAUGCAAAUGUAGCUUAGUCAAAUAUAGAGAUCACAAAAGAAAUCUAUCACCUAAGGAUAAAAAUGGUUCUUUGGAAACCUUUAUAAA